AUGCAUUCAACACUCUUGGCACUGGGUUGGGCAACCUUGGCCCUCGCCCACACCGGGCACGAGCAGAAGACCAUCGCAGGAGCUCACCAGUCUCUGUGGUACAACACACUGCCCGGAGAUGGCGGCACACAGGCGGACUCGGUCUUUUCCGGUAUCUCGACCUUCGGUCGUCUGCCUUACCAGCCCUGUCUCCAGAACCGCGAAGCUAAGUACGACAUUGCUUUCAUUGGUGCGCCCUUCGAUACCGGCACGUCCUAUCGUCCAGGUGCUCGCUUCGGUCCAUCUGGUAUUCGACAAGGAUCCCGCAGAUUGAAUCUUUAUGGCGGAUACAAUGUUCCUCUCAAGACCAACCCCUUCAACAGCUGGGCUACCGUGCUCGACUGCGGAGACAUCCCUGUUACAUCAUACGACAACUCCUGGGCUCUUCACCAGAUCCAAGAGGGACACUUUGAGAUUCUCUCGCGCAAGCCUGCCACUGAUGGUGACAAGAGGGGCCCCGCCCUCAAGGGCAAGACCUUACCUCGAGUCAUUACUCUCGGUGGCGACCACACUAUUACUCUGCCCCUGCUCCGAUCCAUUAACCGCGCCUACGGUCCCGUCUCCGUGAUUCACUUCGACAGCCAUCUGGAUACCUGGAAGCCCAAGGUAUUUGGCGGGUCUCCUACCGACAUCGCCGCCAUUAACCACGGCACCUACUUCUACCAUGCCGCCCAGGAAGGCCUACUCGCUAACGACACCAACAUCCACGCCGGUAUCCGUACAACUCUCAGCGGACCUAGCGAUUACGACAAUGACGGCUACUGCGGCUUCGAGAUUGUCGAGGCACGCGAGAUCGACACCAUUGGCACCGACGGUAUCAUCAAGAGAAUCAUCGACCGGAUCGGCACUGAGAGACCCGUUUACCUGUCUAUUGACAUCGAUACCCUGGACCCGGCCUUUGCCCCUGCGACGGGCACUCCCGAGACGGGAGGUUGGUCUACUAGGGAGCUUAGGACCAUCAUCCGCGGGUUGGAGGACUUGAACCUUAUCGCGGCCGACAUUGUCGAGGUUGCUCCCGCAUAUGAUACAAAUGCUGAGCACACCACCAUGGCUGCUGCGGAUGUGCUUUAUGAGGUCAUGAGUAUCAUGGUGAAGCAUGGUCCCUUGAGCAAGAUGGUCGGCAAGGAGAUCGAUGAAUUGUAA